CGGGGCUGGGGCGGGGAGCUGAGGCGGGAGGGGCGCGCCCCCGCCCCCGGAACGGAAUCCUCCGGGGAGCGGAGCAGGCUCGCGCGCGUGCAUCCCGCGCCAGACCCCGGCCCCCGGCCCCGGCCCGCGUCAGACUGAGCUGCCGCCGCCGCCGCCACAGCAGCAGCAGCGCUCGGGGAUCCGGGCCCAGCCGGGGCCGCGGGAGGCGGGGGCGCCCGGGCCCUGGAUGUCCCGCACCGCGGCGGCCAGCGGCGGACCCAGGAGGCCUGAGCAGCAUCUGCCCCCAGCCCCCUGUGGGGCCCUGGGGCCCCCUGAAACCUCCAGGACGGAGCCAGACGGGGCGGGCACCAUGAACAAGUUACGGCAGAGCCUGCGCCGGCGGAAGCCAGCCUACGUGCCCGAAGCGUCGCGCCCACACCAGUGGCAGGCGGACGAGGACGCGGUGCGCAAGGGCACGUGCAGCUUCCUGGUCAGGUACCUGGGCCACGUGGAGGUGGAGGAGUCUCGGGGUAUGCACGUGUGCGAAGACGCUGUGAAGAAGCUGAAGGCGAUGGGCCGGAAGUCUGUGAAGUCUGUCCUUUGGGUGUCAGCCGAUGGCCUCCGAGUGGUGGAUGACAAGACCAAGGACCUGCUGGUAGACCAGACCAUCGAAAAGGUCUCCUUUUGUGCCCCUGACCGCAACCUGGACAAGGCCUUCUCCUACAUCUGCCGCGACGGCACCACCCGCCGCUGGAUCUGCCACUGUUUCCUGGCGCUCAAGGACUCCGGCGAGAGGCUGAGCCACGCUGUGGGCUGUGCUUUUGCGGCCUGCCUGGAGCGGAAACAGCGGCGGGAGAAGGAAUGCGGGGUCACGGCCGCCUUCGAUGCCAGCCGCACCAGCUUCGCCCGCGAGGGCUCCUUCCGCCUGUCUGGGGGCGGGCGGCCUGCUGAGCGAGAGGCCGCCGACAAAAAGAAAGAGGCAGCAGCUGCCCCCACUGCGGCUCCCGGCCCUGCCCAGCCUGGGCACGUGUCCCCGACACCGGCCACCACAUCCCCUGGUGAGAAGGGUGAGGCAGGCACCCCAGUGGCUGCAGGCACCACUGCGGCCGCCAUCCCCCGGCGCCAUGCCCCCCUGGAGCAGCUGGUCCGCCAGGGCUCCUUCCGUGGGUUCCCGGCACUCAGCCAGAAGAACUCGCCUUUCAAACGGCAGCUGAGCCUACGGCUGAAUGAGCUGCCAUCCACGCUGCAGCGCCGCACUGACUUCCAGGUGAAGGGCACAGUGCCUGAGAUGGAGCCCCCUGGUGCCAGUGACAGCGAUGGCAUCAAUGCUCUGUGCACACAGAUCAGCUCGUCCUUCGCCAGUGCUGGCGCACCAGCGGCAGGGCCACCGCCAGCCUCAGCAGGGACUUCUGCUUGGGGCGAGCCCUCCGUGCCCCCUGCAGCUGCCUUCCAGCCCGGGCACAAGCGGACCCCUUCGGAGGCUGAGAGGUGGCUAGAGGAGGUGUCGCAGGCAGCCAAAGCGCAGCAGCAGCAGCAGCAAGUGGCCCCGGUGCCCGCCGUGCCCCCCGCCCUGCAGCCCUUCCCCGCCCCCAUGGGGCCCUUCGAUGCCGCCCCCACCCAGGUGGCCGUGUUCCUGCCGCCCCCACACAUGCAGCCCCCUUUUGUGCCCGCCUACCCGGGCUUGGGCUACCCGCCCAUGCCCCGGGUGCCCGUGGUGGGCAUCACACCCUCACAGAUGGUGGCCAACGCCUUCUGCUCAGCUGCCCAGCUGCAGCCCCAGCCGGCCACCCUGCUCGGGAAAGCUGGGGCCUUCCCGCCCCCCACUGUGCCCAGUGCCCCUGGGGGCCAGGCCCGCCCACGCCCCAAUGGGGCAUCCUGGCCCCCGGAGCCCGCGCCGGCCCCGGCCCCUGAGUUGGACCCCUUUGAGGCCCAGUGGGCAGCGUUAGAAGGCAAACCCACUGUGGAAAAGCCUUCCAACCCCUUCUCGGGCGACCUGCAGAAGACCUUCGAGAUUGAACUGUAGCCCGAGCCACGCUGCCCGCCCCCUCAUCUCCAGGUGCCCCACGCCUGGGAGUGGGGGGCAUCCUCUCCCCUAGCCCUGCUCCCUGGGGCUGGGCCCCCAACACCCCCUCUAACCCCUUCUCUUGACCACCCCCUCCCCCCCAGCCACUACAGAACCAACAUUGUGACGCCCAGGUUGCGACAGGAUGGAAUUCAGGGACGGAUGCAGCCUGGCGAAGGGACCUAUUUCACUGCCGGACUCAGGCUGGCAAUGCCCCUCUCCCCCCACCCCAGACGCAGGGGGAUGGCCACAGUCCCACUGAGCGCCCUCCGUUCAAGUUACAUUUCCUAGUUUCUGUUGUUGACCUUCCACCUUCCAGUAUUGGGUGGGAUGCAGGAGGGGUGCCCACUUAGGGGCUCUCCAGGGCGCCCCCCGAGUGCCCACCCCAAGUCUGGUCGUCCCCUCCGCCCACACACAGCACAAGCAAAGGGCUUCCCUUGGCCCACCCGCUGCGUUCACUGCCAAUGCUGUGCUCACCCCUGUCGCCCCUGCCCCCAACAUGGGGCCCACCUCUUCUUUGGGCCAAGGUCUCAUGGGGGCAGGAACCAAGUUGGGGGUCCAGGAGGCGGGGUAGGGGGAAGGGGGAGGAGAUCCUCAGUUACCUCACGUCGGUGCCCGCUGGGGAGGGGUCCGGGGAGAUGGGGGGGUGCCUGGCGGGUACUUUUCUAUCUUUUGUUUCCAGAUUUUUUUGUAUCUAAACUUGCAGAUUUGUAUUAUACAAGGACAGCCAAUAAAGGAAGAAUAUAACGGUGC